AUGGCAUUAGGAAAGAGAAAGAUGAACACAAAAAAAGCCAAACCAAGCUCAAAGAAUAAAAAGCCCAAACAAGUCGAUGCUAGCAACCCGAACCCAGGCUCCAGUCAAUCGACAGAUGGUGAUGAUACCAAGGAAAACGCAGCCUUAGAUCCAGGAAAGUCAUCCGAUGACCAGGAUGAUAAGACUCGGACCGUCUCAGAUCCGGCCGUCUCUCCCGCCACGGCCGAGGAUCCGGCCGCCGCCACCGCUGAUAAAGACCUCUUCAAAGGAUCCGAGACAGUCGAAGAUUCGGUGCUCGAUGGUUAUUACUGCAUCCAGAACAUGGACGGCUUCGAAAAGUGGAUCCGCGAGCGCAAGUCGACACUUUGCAAGCCUCCUCUUGACCCCAAGAAAAAAUAUUCACCCCGCGUGCAUUGCCUUCCUGCAGAGGUGAAGGCUCACUACUCCAUGAUCGCCAUUUAUACCUCAAGCUCAGCCGUCUACGCGUCAAAAAUCUGCGACAAAAUCACGACCCGUUACUUACAGGCCUAUCCGGACAACAAAACCCCGUUCUUCACAAUCAUGUCGGCUAACGAUUGCCCCAGCGUGGACGGGAUGCGCUCGAAGGACCUGUUGUUGUUUGGAAGCUUAGAAGACGUGGUGUUUGUUGACGACGACCCCUACUACUCGAUCAGGUCUCAGAACGAUAACGUGAUACACGUCCGUCGAUACCACGGUGAAAAAUCGCAAGAAGGCGGUCUCAUGGCCAUCGCACCCCUGCUCACCUAUCUCAGUUCGGUCGAAAGCGUCUCCGCCACCAUGCGCAAGUUGAAGAAGGUUUGGCACAACGCCGGUCUCGUCAAGGUAGUCCAGUGCGUCCGAGGCGUUACAUGCUAG